AUGCAGGAUCCGAUUACUAAGCUCGAUAUCUACAAGCUGGGCGACAAGCAGGAGACCCUCGGAUUGCUAGCACUCAGCGGCAACAAGGUGUAUAUAGUGCCGUUCUCGCACGAUGCUAGCAAGGAGCGUGCAGUUUUUGUAAAGCCUCCGUCUUUGCAACGGAAGUAUGCUUUACUGCUUGAAGGCUACCGCGCUCGCUUAAUGCCGUGUUUCCUUCUCUUCCUGUUCGAUGCUAGUUUAAUUUGGUAUCGGCUCGCAAGCUCUACAGCACAGAAUUACUAUCGACAGUCCCUUGCACUUGCAGCUAACGCUGUCUAG